AUGCUUCCAUGGCCCGAAAUGCUUCAAGGAUGCUGCGGAAGUCUCCGGCACGGAGGAGGAGGAGGAGGGGGCUUGAAGGUGCUGCGGCCACUGCUGGCAGGCUGCCGCGGGACUCGGCCCUCGCCGCGUCGCCGCGGUGGUCCCUGCUCUGACCUUUGGCUUUGGGCCGCCAAUUCCGGCCUUCCCCUUCUUGGUCCCCUGGGCUUAGCCCAGGCCAGCAGGACGCGGUGCUAUGCCAAAGGCUUCAAGGGCAAGAAGUCCAAAGCCAAAGCCAGAGGACCCACUCUGGCAGACAUCGAAGCAAGGCUGCGGCAGCGCAAGGAGCGGCGUGAGCGCCUGAAGAGGAAGGAGGAGGAGGAGGCCGAGACCCUGAGCAAGGCGGACGGCGAGGACGACGAGGACGAGGAAGAGGAGGACGAGGCCUGGGACGCCUUCGGUCGUGCUGUUGGUCGUGUUGUAGGAGGAGCCGAGCGCCACGGGCAAGUCCUGGUCAAGGUCACAGACAAGUCCGAAGCGACCAUCUGCCAGAUUCCCAAAGGCAGACGUGCGCCUGCGCUGCCACCGAUCGUCGGCGAUGAGGUCCGCAUCGCGUUCAUGGCGGCCGCAGCAGAUGCCGAGGCUGUCGUCGAAGAGGUGUUGCCGCGGAAGUCCACGCUGGUCCGAAGGCGUGCGGGGUCCCCGCACCAGGCUCAAGUUCUCUGCGCCAACCUGGACCUCGCGGUUCUGGUUCUCAGCACCGAGCCCAACUUCUCCGAGGGCAUGGUGGACCGCGUGCUGGUCUCGGCGCAUGCGCAGGGUUUGGAAGUGGUCAUCGUGCUCAACAAGGCAGAUCUCCUGGAUGAUUCUGAGAGGAUCGAGGUCGAGAAGCGGCUGUCAGUCUACGAGUUGGCGGGCUAUAAGGUGCUGCUGGUGAGUGCCUUGGACGGGCAGAACGUGGAGCAGCUGCGCGAGCUCUUCUGCGGCCGCACCAGCAUCCUCAUCGGCAACAGCGGUGUGGGCAAGUCACAGCUGCUGAACGCGCUGGGCGAGGGCCAGAUCGCUGCGGCUGUUGGAGACAUCAGCGAGAGGUUGAAGCUCGGCAGGCAUGUCACCACGACCAGCAGCCUGCAUCGGCUUCCGGGAGCUGGGGAGCCGGCCUACCUGAUCGACUCGCCAGGCGCGCGGAGGUUCAGCAUCUGGGACGUGGAGGCUGCAGAACUCAAGGACCACUUCGUCGAGUUCCUUCCGGAAGCUGGGAAGUGCAAGUUCUCCAACUGCAACCAUCUCGAGGAGCCCGGAUGUGCCGUCAAGGAGGCGGUGGAGGAGGGCAAAAUCUCCCGACAGCGCUACAACUCCUACGUCUCCAUUAGGCGGAACUUGCUGCAAGGCCAGGAAGGCACCAAGAUACCUCCUUGGCAUGGACCUCAGGCAGCAGGCAGGAUCGAUCGGGAGUCUGAGGACUAUAGGAAGGCCAUGGAAGCCAUCUUCGCAGACGGGAACAAGGAGCACUGGUCAGAGCUGCUUGAUGUUCCGGUGAACUUCACACGUGAGGAUGGUGUCGACGACGAGGAGUAUCAGCUGUACCGGCCGAAAUUCGACGAGGAGGCAGAAUCCACGGUGAACACGAGGACCGCCCGGCGGAUUCUGAAAGCUGGUGGCUGCCGCGUGAGCCGAGGAGGCACCGAAGCCCAGGCAGCUGCAGCGACGGUUGCCGCAGCUGCUGCCGCAGCCGCCAAAGCCUCGACCAUGGCCACAGUCACAAAGCGUUCGAAAGAAAGCAGCGGCAGGCCGGAGGAAGCGGAAGCGGAGACGGAGACGUGGGCUCCGAGCGGGACUUCGGCAAGCCAGUUCGCUUCCGCGAGCUCCAAGGACGCGGCUUCCUACGACGGCUCAGGCUACUUCGAGGAAUCCGAGUACGGCGGGGAUUUCAAUGUGUACCAGCUUGCCGCAGCCGCUGCCGCUUACAAUGGGGCUGCACAAGCAUCGCUCGCAUGGCAGUUCCAACAGCAAAUGAUGCAAAACAUGCAGAUGCAACAGUUCCAGCAGCAGCGCCUCCAGCAGCUGCGGGAUCUGCGACAGAAAGAGAAGAAGAAGGCGCAGCAAGCCCAGCAGGCCCAGCAGCAGGCCCAGCAGCAAGCCCAGCAGCAGGCCCAGCAAGCUUUGCUGGCCCUGGCGGCCAAGUCCCUUCCGAAGGCCGCGGCCAAGGCAGCCAAGGCCCCAGCCUCCCCAGCCAAGGCCCCAAGCAGCCCACCUUCUAUCUCAGAGGUCGGAUCCACACUUCGGAAAACCGUGAACGGGGCCAGCGGCCUCACCAACCUCACGACGCUGAGCGCCGCCACCAAAGGAGUCUCGGGCGGCAGCGGCGCCGCAGCCGACCUUGGCUCCCUCCUCAUGGCCUCGACCCAGGCGAGCAGCACGGCCACGCCGGCGUCCCCGGUGAGCUCGUCCUCUGCAGCGCCCUCGCAACCCUCGCAGCCGGGGCUGCUGGACUCGAAGGCGCCAGCGCAGCAAGAGGAUGAUGUCGACUGCAAUCAGCAAUGA